AUGUCACUUAAAACACCAUCAACUACAAAUCCAUUGAUUCCAAACCCAUCUCACAAUAAUAAUACUAAUAGACCUCAACCUCCAAUACCAACAACUUCAACAACAACCAAUAAAUCCCCACCACUUGUUGGUAGACCUCAACCACCAAUACCAACAACAUCAACAACAACCAAACCAAACAAUAAUCCAGUUGUACCACCACGUAGAUUUACUAUUAGUAGUAGUUCUUCUUCUUCAAACAAUACUACUACUACUACAUCACCACCACAAACAUCACCACCCAUUUCACCACCAUCUGGAGUAUCUCCAGAAACUCAAAGUCCAAGUGAUACAAGACGGAGAACAAUGAGACACCACCUUUUGACUCGAAAGUCUGCAUCGAUGAACCUAAGUGGUGAAGGAGGUUCAAAUGAUGACCAGGAUGGUGAAGAAGACCAAUCAUAUGAUUCUGCAAGUAGUUACUCUUUGAGUGAAGACAAUAGUAAACAAAGUAUCAAUUUUAUUACAAGCAGUAGUAGUAGUAGUUCUUCAAAUAUUGUUGAAGAUGAUGAAACCAUUGGUGUUGCCGCCGCAGAUAAACCAUCUCAACAACCAUUACCAACAGAAAAAACAAAGUCUAUUAAAAAGAAAUUUUUUGGUACAACAAAGAAAACUACCACAUUGAUAUUGGAUCAAAUUGAUCCAAAAGAUAUUAUAAUAGAAAAGAUAAUAGCCAUCAAUGAAUCACAAGAAGGUUUAUUAGGAAGAAGAUCAAAACUAUCAACUAUCAAUACCUCCACACCAACCAACAAAGUUAUCAAAGAAAUGAUUGAAACUGAAGCAGAUUAUUUGGAUGAUCUUGCUAUUAUGAUCAAUUAUUAUAUGGGUGCUCUCAAAGAAAUUGAUGAAUGUUCAUCUUUAAAUUUGGUUUCACUUCAAGAAAUCAUGGCUGUAUUUUCAAAUGUAGAAGAAUUAUUUGUAAUCAAUUCAAAAAUGUAUGAAAUGUUUGUAGAAUUUAUACCAAUCAUGGAUUUUAGUGAUCAAUAUCCAAAUGUUGAAGAAGUAUUUUUUAGACAUGCAAAUUCAUUAAAAAGAUAUAUAACCUAUUUAUCAAAUCAAGAUGUUUGUAAUAAACAAAUAUCUGCAUGGGAAAGUCACCUUCAAAUCAAUUAUUUAUUACAACAAGUAAAAUCGAUACCUGUUGUUAGAAGUUUAAAUUUAUCAUCAUAUGUGAUAAAACCUGUUCAAAGAUUAUGUAAAUAUCCUUUAUUAUUAAGAGAAUUAAAAAAAACAGUUCCAGAAGAAAAUGAACACUAUAGAAAUUAUGAAAGAGCUGCUAAAUUGAUGGAAAAAAUUGUAUCAGAGAUUAAUGGAAAAAUAGCAAAUGAAGAAAAGAUGUCGGAAUUGAGAGGUAUCUUUGGUAAAGAAGCAGAAUCUUUGCUUGUUAAAAAGACAUUUAUCAAAGAGGGACGAUUCAAGGUGAUAAAAAAAGAAAAUGGACCAUCAAAAGAGUGCACAGUCUAUCUGUUUGAUGAUUGCAUCAUCCUAUUUAAAAAGAAGGCCUUUCAAAAGAACACCUUCAAAGUAAUACCAUUCAUCUUUGUUCUUAAUAUCCAAAAUAUUGAGAAUCGUGUAAAGAAUGGUAUCGAUCUAAUAUUUGUCGAAGGUCAUAAUCAACAAGCCUACAAAUAUGCAUUGUCUGCUGAAAACUAUAUGGAUAAAUUAUUAUGGCUCAGUGAAUUUGAAGAUGCCAUACAUGCAUCUAAAGUUUUUGCUGAAAGUUAUUAUCAACAAUCAAUCAAUUGUUCUCAACAACAUAUUUCUUAUUAA